AUGGAUAUUCUCAUUGGGCUGCAAACAGCUAACGAAGUGAUUCUCGUGACGUCGCGGGCGAUUUCGCGAGGCGUUUCGGUGUUGAAGCACGACGAUAACAAAGUGGUCAAACUCAAUUCAUAUACCGCCAUGGCCUACUCAGGAGAGCCCGGUGAUGUUAGCAACUUUGCCGAAUACAUCCAGGCGAACGUCGCUCUCUACGGCCUCCGCCACGGUAUUGAAAUGACUCCCAAUAGCGUCGCAGCGUUUACUCGUUCAGAACUUGCUCGAUCGUUGCGCACCCGCAAACCUUAUCAGGUCAACCUGCUCAUUGGCGGCUUCCACCCCAGAGAGGCCAAGCCCAUGCUUGCCUGGGUCGACUACCUGGGCUCUAAAGUAGACUUGCCGUAUGCUGCCCACGGUUACGCCGCCUACUAUAUCACUGCUACGCUUGACCGUUACUGGAAAAAGGGCUUGACGCUCGAGCAGGGCCUGAAGCUCGCUGCCCAAUGCGUUUCCGAAUUACAAACCCGUAUGCCCAUCGAUUUCAAGGGAUGCGACGUGCACAUUGUCGGCAAAUCAGGCAUCCAGUCCGCGGACCUGCCUCCUAUCGUUGUUGCCCCGGGUGUGGCCAAUAAACCUUCCGAGGCCACUCUCGCCAGUGCUUAA